AUGUGCAUUCUGACCGCUCUCCAGCUGUCCGCCGUGGUCGUCUGUCCUCAUGGCCCACACGCCAGGCCGCCCGUCGAACACGUGCCGGGCGCUUCCCAGUCUUUGGGCGGUACUGUGUUUGACCUACCGGGUGGUACUGUGGGCGGUACUGUGUUUGACCUGCCGGGUGGUACUGUGGGCGGUACUGUGUUUGACCUGCCGGGUGGUACUGUGGGCGGUACUGUGGGCGGUACUGUGUUUGACCUGCCGGGCGGUACUGUGUUUGACCUGCCGGGUGGUACUGUGGGCGGUACUGUGUUUGACCUGCCGGGUGGUACUGUGGGCGGUACUGUGUUUGACCUGCCGGGCGGUACUGUGGGCGGUACUGUGGGCGGUACUGUGUUUGACCUGCUGGGCGGUACUGUGGGCGGUACUGUGGGCGGUACUGUGUUUGACCUGCCGGGCGGUACUGUGGGCGGUACUGUGGGUGGUACUGUGUUUGACCUACCGGGUGGUACUGUGGGCGGUACUGUGUUUGACCUACCGGGUGGUACUGUGGGCGGUACUGUGUUUGACCUGCCGGGCGGUACUGUGGGCGGUACUGUGGGCAGUACUGCGUUUGACCUGCCGGGCGGUACUGUGUUUGACCUGCCGGGCGGUACUGUGAGCGGUACUGUGUUUUACCUGCCAGGCGGUACUGUGUUUGACCUGCCGGGUGGUACUGUGGGCGGUACUGUGUUUGACCUGCCGGGUGGUACUGUGGGCGGUACUGUGUUUGACCUGCCGGGUGGUACUGUGGGCGGUACUGUGUUUGACCUGCCGGGUGGUACUGUGGGCGGUACUGUGUUUGACCUGCCGGGCGGUACUGUGGGCGGUACUGUGUUUGACCUGCCGGGUGGUACUGUGGGCGGUACUGUGUUUGACCUGCCGGGCGGUACUGUGGGCGGUACUGUGUUUGACCUACCGGGUGGUACUGUGGGCGGUACUGUGGGCGGUACUGCGUUUGACCUGCCGGGUGGUACUGUGGGCGGUACUGUGUUUGACCUGCCGGGCGGUACUGUGGGUGGUACUGUGUUUGACCUGCCGGGCGGUACUGUGGGCGGUACUGUGGGCGGUACUGUGUUUGACCUGCCGGGCGGUACUGUGGGCGGUACUGUGUUUGACCUGCCGGGCGGUACUGUGGGUGGUACUGUGUUUGACCUGCCGGGCGGUACUGUGGGCGGUACUGUGGGCGGUACUGUGUUUGACCUGCCGGGCGGUACUGUGGGCGGUACUGUGUUUGACCUGCCGGGCGGUACUGUGGGUGGUACUGUGUUUGACCUGCCGGGCGGUACUGUGGGCGGUACUGUGGGCGGUACUGUGUUUGACCUGCCGGGCGGUACUGUGGGCGGUACUGUGGGCGGUACUGUGUUUGACCUGCCGGGAGGUACUGUGGGCGGUACUGUGGGCGGUACUGUGUUUGACCUGCCGGGUGGUACUGCGUUUGACCUGCCGGGCGGUACUGCGUUGGACCUGCGUCGCUGGGGGAGUGCUGGCCCAGCCGCGGACCGUAGCCACGACCGCUUUCCCAGCAACCCCCUGAUUAAUUUAACUGUCGCGUGUUUUAAUCAGGGUCAGGCCCAGGUUCAUGGAGGGCGUUUGGGUAAAUCGGACUCGGGUGGGGGAGCCGGGCCAGAACACCUGGACUUCUCUGUUCUUUUAUUAGCCCGCUUGUCAGGUUUUGGUUUUUUCUGUGUCCCCCAAGUGGUUUAG